CCCCCCCCGCUCUUCUCCCUCCUCAUCGCGGGCUCGCGCCAGCGGCUUUUGCUUGGCAGUCAGAACGGAGGGGAGCGGAGCGGAGGGAGGACAGGCAGGAGUGAAGGGGGUGGGGGCAGUUAGUGUCCCUUGUCUGUCUUCCCGAACAUUCCUUCAGCGUGGGGGCCGAUUGAUCGCAUAGCCGUUCGGAGCGGAGCCGGACUAUGUGCGGAUAGAAGAGGCCAGAAUUGCUAGUACAAAAAUGAUGGCUGCUGCUCAGCCAGUAGUUUCUGGUUUGCAGCCACUGUUGGAAACCUUGGAAGACUCAUCUAUUUCAUCCACUGAGCAAGUGGAUGCCUAUCUUACCAUUUCCAGCCGUCUGAGUGGAGAAGAUGGAAAAGAAUUUGCUGCUGCAGUUGGCAAACAGUUUACUCGCCUCUGUGAAGCAUUUAAAACUCAUCUUUCAAGUUCGGAUUCAGAACUUUGUAAUGCAGCACUACAAGCCUUGGGAUUCUGUGUUUUUCACAGUAAUAUUAGUGCUGGAUUGUCAGAACCUGAAGCCAGACAGUUGAUUAUGACACUCUGUGAUAUUGCAGUCAAGUCAACUGAUAAGAACACGUGUACAAGAGCACUUUGGGUUAUAUCAAAACAGAGUUUUUGUGCAGAAGUGGUUGCGAAGGAGGUUCAAAAUGUACUUGGAGCAAUGGAAACAAUAUUAACAAGAGAUCAACAGUCAAUGGUCAUUGAACAUGAAGCCUUAAACCUUAUUAUAAGGCUGGUAGAGCAGACACCAGUUCAGAUGGGAGAAAAUGCUGUUCAAUGGGCCAGGCUAAUACUUCCUCUUGUAGUUCAUUCAGCCCCCAAAGUACGGUUACGGGCAGCAACAGCUCUGGAAAUGGGGCUACCACUUCUACUUCAAAAGCAGCCGGAUAUAGCAGGCAUAAUUGAGCCCCUAAUGACCUCAAAAAUGAUUCCAGAGCUCCAGAAACUCUUCACAACAAAAAAUGAAACUUAUGUGUUGAAAUUGUGGCCCCUCUUUGUGAAAUUGUUGGGAAAGUCAUUGCACCGUGGAGGAAGUUUCAUUAAUUCUCUACUGCAUUUGGAGGAGUUGGGCUUUCGUAGUGGCUCUCCAGUUGUGAAGAAAAUAGCUUUCAUUGCCUGGAAAAGCUUGAUUGAUAAUUUUGCAUUGAAUCCUGAUAUACUUUGCAGUGCAAAACGGCUCCGGUUGCUCAUGCAGCCACUGAGUUCUAUUCACGUAAGAACGGAGAUUUUGGGCCUUGCCAAAUUAGAGGUCUGGUGGUAUUUGGCUCUUCGGCUAGGCCCACUGCUUUCUGCUAACUUUGAACAGGUAUGUAUCCCGCUACUGCAGAGUGCAUUUGGUAUUGAUGGAACUGUGCAUCCACCAGGAACACCUUGCAGAACUGCAAUGAUCUCUCCUAUUACAACCCCAGCCUCUGUACAAAAACCUGCUGCUUUUCCUACACCGAGUCCAGCAGUGCCAAGAUUGCAAUUGAAUUCCAGCCUCUCAGCAUUGCCAGUAAUGCAGGCAGUGCAGCUUGUAGGAGUCGAAGUAUUACUUCAUCUUCUGGUGGGUCCUGAGGUCACUGAUCUGGUUAAACAGAACAAGCUCCAGCUUAGUUUAGACCCUCUGCAGCACCCAUUAAUUAAUAGUCCUUCGUUCUUUUGCAAGAAUGCUGGAACCCUGAUAACCGCAGUCAGAGAUGCAUUCAUUACUGUUGGCAAACUGGGUGAAGAUGCCAUGCUUAAUCUUAUUUGGAAACAUCUGAUCAGCUAUGUGAGAAAUGCCAUUGAGUCAGGCUCAAAAAAGGAACGGCAGGCAUCAGAGGUAUUGACGCUGCUGUUGCAAGCAUUGCAGCAGAUAGUGAAUUCAGAUGCCAUCUCUGCUCUCAAAGCUUUGACUCUUAUAGAGGCAACCGUCAAAGGACUCCCUCAAAAGGUCUUGGGAUCACCAGCAUACCAGGUCGCCAACAUGGACAUUCUGAAUGGCACUCCUGCGCUCUUCAUGAUUAUCCUGCUCUUUCACAGCAGUUUACUGGAAGGCUGUGUGGUUGAAGAAAGGUUUUUCAUGAUUCUUGAGAUGCUUGUUGGAUAUGGACUGUCUGGUCCCACGUGUUCAUUGGCAUUCAGCGAGUCAGUUUUAAAUGUUAUUAACCAGUCUGCAGCACUGGUCGUGAAUAAGGAGCACCUUUGGCGAAUGUGGAGCAUUGUCGUUAACCCAUUGACUGAGCGGGUGACCCAGACAAAUGAAGUAAAUCAAGGGGAUGCACUAGAACAUAAUUUCAGUGCUAUGUACAUUGCUUUGACGCUACCCAUCAAUCAGUUGAUUUCAAAGCAGAAUUUUCCACAGCCUACAAUGAAGUCCCUGCUGAGAACAUGGGCCGAGUUGUAUAAAACAUUUGCGCGUUGCGCAGCUCUGGUGGCAACAGCAGAAGCCAAUGUAUGCUGCGAGGAACUAAGUGCCAAAAUCUUAUCAACAUUGGAUGAUGUCACCUUAUCUAACUUAUCCACAUUGGAUGCCAUUGUUCAUGUCCUGAAUGUGAUGGUUGAGUGUGUUGACUUCUCUCAGUUCUCAAAAUUUCAGCAAAAAUCAAACUCACCACACACCCCUACCCACUGGCUAACGAAAAAACAGGAACCUCUAGGAAACCUAACUUCACUGCUUAAGCUUUUAUUGAAAAUCACAAGUGCUUUUCAUGAGCUAAGCUCCAAAGAAUCUCAAUUUGAUAUGCCAACAGCAGGAAUGGUAUCUAUUGGAGUUGGUAUUGUUGGCAUUCUGUCCAGUAUCUUCAAUCAUCUGUCCCUGGCUUCAGCAAUUCAAGCAGUCUUAACCAACUUGGCAGGCUCUAUAUCAAUCUUCUAUGAAAGGGCUUCAAAUCCAGUUAAUGGGACUUCAAAGGUGUACACCACUCAUCUGUGCAACAAGCUGGAGAAGCUGCACGCGGAUAUUCUUCUCUGCCUACAAUCCCGUUACACAUCGACCUAUGACAGCGACUUGCUGGAACAACUGUCAUCACUGCUCAGCACCACUUUCCUACACAAGAACCGUCAGAUCAGGAACCAGACCACACAGUUUUGGAAUGCUACAUUUGCCAAAAGUAUAGCGUUAAACUAUCCACAACAAAUUAAGUCAGUAUUAAGUCAGGUCAAGCAGAAAACCCCCAUAAUAUUGCCUGGCUUUGAGACAUUAGAAUUGAUUGAAGAAUCAAAUGAGCCUUACUCAGAUUUGUCAGAAAAUUCCCAGUUAGAUGCUAAAGUCAGCGGUGUGCAAGUUAAUUCAGUUGGAAAAAGAGAAUCAUUGCUUGCUAGAGCCGAAGAACUAAGAGAGAAGAGUUUGCCUCAAACUCCAGCAAAAUUGAAGCUAGAUUUUUCUUCUCCCAAAGUGCCACGACGAGAGCUACUUCUAGAGGAGGAGAAAUCGAUAGAUUUUGUGUUUAUACCACCUGAACCUAAACAGCGGAUAUUGACAGAACAUCAGAAAGAGGUGUUACAGACAAAGAGGACUGACAUUCCUGCAAUGUACAAUAAUUUGGAUGCAUCUCAGGAUUCCCACUUGUUUUCCCAGUACACACAAUCUCAGGACAGUUUGGAUAACCCUGCAAUAGAAGCUGAAAAAGCAGAAAAAACUUCUGAAGAACCACCACAGAAUGAAAAUAUGGAAACUGAAAAUGAAUUUCAUACCCAGGUUGCAACGGAGGCAAGCAGUGAAGAUAAAUUGUUUGAUCAAGAAACUGACCAAGACUCUGCUGGUCACAAGGGAAGUAGGACUGAACAAAUCAUUGGAGAUUCUAUAGACCUUAAUUGCAGUGGCAAACAAGAGGAAUUGAAGAACACGGCGGCUGAAUCUACGUCAAACUGCACUGGUGGUGCUUCUGAAUCGGGGGUCAGCAGUGCAGAGGUCAGCGGUAGUUCUACCUCCUCCGACAUUAUCUCUGGAACACCACAAAAAUCCAGCAGCAGACGACAAUCGUUUAUUACUCUGGAGAAGUUUGAUCCCUCCACUACGUGCAGCUUCAGUAAAUCACCUUUGGGUAAAUUUGCACAAGCAGCUGCUGAAGCUUUUGUUCCUCAGCAGACCGAAGCAAUGGAGGUGGAAGAUGUAUCACAGCUUGAGGUGGACAAAGUUUGCCAGGAUGUCAGUUUGAAUAAUACAAAAACUGAAGCAGUGAAUGUCUCAAUCACUGAGGGGAAACGUGGUAGACGCAGGCAAAAUAAAACUGAACAGUCGAUUGUAGAAAAACCAACCAACUGCACCAAAGCACCCAGAAGUAUUAAGAGUUCUGAAGUUGAAUCAUCUGAUGCAAAAGAAAAUUCUUCAACUAAUGAUAGAGACACUCCUAAUAAAAACAAAGCUGACUGCAGCCGAAGUUCUGAGAGUCGGACAAGUAACAAACAGACGAAAGGCAGUGUUUUUAAUGAAGAGAAGAAUCCUGCAUCAUCUGUGGUUUUGAAAGAGAAAGCUUCAGCAGAAGGUGCUCCAAGCACACAAGAUGAGAAGAAUGCACAUUCUUCAAUUCUGACAAACAAAACACUAAGACGUUCUUCUAGGAAGCACUUGGAUGUGGCAGUGGCUGCUCAGGCAGGCAACAAGGGAAAAAGGGAGGAUAAUAAACUUGGAAAAAGAUCACAAAACGAGGCGGCAGAACCGCUUCAGAGCAAGUCUCAGCAUGACGAGCUUUCAAAGGGAAAGGAGAAUGAUUCUAAAACUUCACCUGGCAAGUCAGCAACUGAGAAAAGCAGGUCUUUAAAAACUGAUUCUCAAGACUCUGAUUCUAACAAAACUACCCCAGCUGCUGGCAAAGUCCGCCCUCGUUACCAGACUCGUAGGGCAUCCCAAGGCUUGUCUGACUUGGAGAACAGCUGUUGUAGCAUGACCGAAUCAGAGAGUUCUGAAGGCAACUCAAAAGUUCAGGAUGGUCAAAAGAAAAGAAGAGCGUUUAAGGGGAAAACAAAGACCAAAGACCUGUCCCUUGAGGACAGCAAGACCAAAAAUGUGGUGGAACAUGAACCGACUUUGGGCAGUCAACUAUACUCAAAAAAUGAAACUAUGGAGAUGCAGUGUUCAGAAACAGAAUUGGAGAUUGAAAAUAAGCAAGAAGAUGCAGUGAUGACACAAGUGGUAGAUAUAGAAAAUCUGGAUGAAAUAAAUACUGCACAGAUGUCUCCAGGGACUUGCGCUUUAGUUGAAAAGCCAAAUGCAGAAGAGGACCCCAAAAUGCACAGCAUAGCACAUCCCACAAGAGGAGUGUCUGAAACUGUUGAAAGUGUUAAAACUGAGCUUGAUUUAGAACGAGGCAAAACAGAAGAAGCCUGCACUAUUGUCCAUGUUGAAUCCUUGCCUUAUGAGGCAGGAGUUUCAACAACUGAAUUAUCAACUGACGAUUGUUCAAAUCUUUCAGAUGUGCAACUUUCAGUCAAGAAGAGCCAGCAGUUGAAUGAGUGCCAAGUGAGAAGUAAAAGGACCAGGAAAACUAAAAACUGUGAUUGUUGCAAAGACUCUUCACAACAGCAUGGGAAGUCACGAUUGGAAAGCAAAGAGAGUUCCACUAAACGAGAGCCACGAUCUGAUGAUCAGAAAGAACAUGUUCCACACCUAAGUUCAGUUUAUUAUUCUUCUACAGAAGGGCUAUUAAAAAGUCCCACAUUUAACGACACUGUAAAUGAUGGACCCUGUGCAUUUAGCACUCCCCUUUCGGGGGAUAGCAAAACACAGUUUUUUGGUAUUUCUCUUAGUACUGUUGCAUCUGAGAUGGAUUUGGCUGAAGAGAAAAAGCUCACUCCGAGGAUUGAAACCUCCACGGAGCAGAAAGUGGUGGAGGAGUCCUAUUCAGAGCGGAAAGCACUGAAUGACUCUUCCACCGAGCCGAAAAUGGUGGAGGAGUCCUGUACAGAGGGGAAAGCAAUGGAUGACUCUUCCGUGGAGCAGAAAGUGCUGGAGGAGUACUGUACAGAGCGGAAAGCAAUGGAUGACUCUUCCACUGGUCAGAAAAUGGUGGAGUCCUCCUCUACAGAGCAGAAAGUGAUGGAUGACUCUUCCACUGGUCAGAAAAUGGUGGAGUCCUCCUCUACAGAGCAGAAAGUGAUGGAUGACUCUUCCACUGAGCAGGAAGUUGUGGAUGAGUCCUCUACAGAGUGGAAAGCAAUGGGUGAUCCUUCCACAGAGCAGAAAAUGAUGGAGGAGUCCUCUACAGAGCGGAAAGCGAUGGGUGACUCUUCCACUGGUCAGAAGAUGAUGGAGGAGUCCUCUACAGAGCAGAAAGCGAUGGGUGAUUCUUCCACAGAGCAGAAAGCUGAAGAAAUUUUAAAUUAUGGAGGGAGUGAACAAGUGGAAUUAAUGGAAGAGGCUGAUGGCACUGUUGAAGUGUCAAUGUCAGAAGGUAAACCAGUGUCCAAUGAUGUUGCCUUGAUAGAAGGUGAACAGUUGGAAAGCAAAGAAACACUAACUGGCUAUGAGCUGGACCAAGAUCAAAUGAGUAGGACAAGCGUUACUGCCCCAGUUGACAAAAUAGCCACAGUACUGCCUGAACCAGAUCAGGUGGAUGGGACAGAUGUUUUAACCCCAUUUGAUAAAAAGACUGUACAGGAUGAAUCAGUAACUGCAGAACAUUUUAAAGAUGCAGAGUCUGAUGGAAAUGAAGAAGCUUCUGAAGUGGGGUUAACCACAACAAUUAAUCUCCCCAAACCUAUGAUAACAGACUGUAAUGUGGUUGAGCACAUGUCAGAGCACCUCAUGGAAUCACCCCAAAAAACUAAAAAUGAUGUCCCAUUUCUUGUUGGAUCAAUGCACAGUCCUUCUGAAAUGCAGGCAUGCUGUGUGUGGUCACCCACAGCAUCACCUUCUACAAGUAUCCUCAAGAAAGGAAUUAAACGGCCAUCUGAAAAUGAUUCUCCUUCUCCAAUGAAUAAGAUCCGUCGCGUUUCGUUUGCAGAUCCAAUUCAGCGGGAAGGAUUAGCAGAUGAUAUUGAUCGCCGUAGCCCUGUAGUGAGAUCCCAUUCUUCUUCUGGAAGUUCUCCUGCAUUAAAUCACUCUGCCACAAAUGGUUGCAACCGGUCCAAUGUUCAAUCCAAGUACAACACCACUCCAACUAAAGGUUUCCUGUCUCCAAGCACUCGCAGCUCUGGCUAUAAAAGUUCAAAGAAAUGUUUGAUCUCAGAGAUGAGUAAAGAAUCUGGGGCAGUGUCUACAGCUGCCGUGUAUCCGGCUCUGAUCAGCUGCUCUUUACCAGUAGAGACCAUUCUACCCCAGCUUGCCUCUAACAUGUGGGCCCGAGGUCUGGGCCAGCUUGUAAGAGCUAAAAACAUCAAGACCAUUGGUGACCUGAGCUCGCUUACAGUGGCUGAAAUUAAGUUGCUUCCAAUCCGUUCUCCAAAAGUCUUUGUUGUGAAAAAGGCUCUCAAAGCCUUCUAUGAACAGCAGAGGAAAUCCCUUGGGUUAGAUGAAGAUAGUGUAUUUGAAAAUGAGAAGAUAGUAAAUGGAACAGAGGACAGCAGUUACUCUAACGGUGACGACGAGAAGCUAGCAACAGAUUUAGUUGAGACUGCACCACCUGCCAUUACUCCUUCCACAGCCCUGGUUUCUGAAGUUAACGCCCUUUCUGCUCGCUUUUUCUCUGAGAACUUGAAUGAACACUCUGGGAGUCAACUCUUUGCAAUGCACCAGCAGCUGAGCAGCAUGAUGAACUGCAUCAUGGGAAACCUACGGUCUCGCUGGAGGUCAUCACCACAUGAAGCUGCUGACUGAACUUUUAAGUUACGUGAACUGGCAAAGUUCACCCAAAAGGAUGGAGAGCAUUGACUGCCUCACCCUGCCCUUACUCUCCCCAACAGGCUAACUUUUCCUUACCUUUGAUAAUUCCCCACAUUCUUUUUGUUCAGUGUAGUUUCCUCCUAGGAUAACAUCCUGCUGCUCUCGCAGUUGAGCCUUUGCCUCCAUCUUAGAGGGUUGAGAGUUUGAAUUGCAGCCUUGCCUGCUUUUCAAACUCAUCUGUCCUCUUAUGGAGGUAUUCUAGUAAAUUACAGCAAUAAGUGGCCUAGUCAGAGUGGGAGCUGCAAUCCGGCGGUGAGCACCUCCUGUUCUAUAGAAGCUCAUCCCCUUGGCUGAUCCAGAUUGAUAUCACCAGCUGUGCCAUUACCAUGGGAGGCUGCCUUCCCUGAAGGGCAAAUAGAGAGACAUUUGAUAUUUAAAGAAUGGGGUUGAAGGGAAUAUUGUUUCAAGAGAUUAGGAAUUAAUUUCCUAAAAUAAAAGUGCUGACCAGAAAUCAAUCUUAUUCUGGUGUACUGCUUUACAGAGAGGCAAACCAAACACAAGCUGGUAACUGGAGAGGGCCCAACUUGGUAAAAAUUAUCUUUUUUAAAAGCAGUAGGGCAGAACUCUGUGCAGGAAGAGGACCACACAUGGAGCUUUCAUUUGAGAGACUCAUGCUAUGUAAAUUGAUAAAAGUAGUUUUUUUUAAAUGGAGAUUUUCUGUAAGGAAAAUAAUUUUGAUGUUAAAUUAUAUUGUUUUACCAAAUGCAUUUUUGCUUUUUACUUAGCAGAAUAUCACAGUGGAAUACUGCUGCUAAUUCUGUAUUUCUGGCCAUUACUUGACUUUUGUAGUGAUGUUUAUAGCUGCCAGAGUAAAUCAGUGCACAGAAAUGGAAUCAGAGCUGCACUUUUUUUAAUUAAAUCUGUGCUUAAGCUCACCAUGAUACUCUUGUACAAAUAAAAUAAAUUGCAAUU